AUGCGUGAAAUUGUUCAUCUCCAGACCGGCCAAUGUGGCAACCAAAUCGGUGCUGCUUUUUGGCAAACAAUCUCUGGCGAGCAUGGCCUGGAUGCCUCUGGCAUCUAUAAUGGAACAUCCGAUCUUCAGUUGGAACGCAUGAAUGUGUACUUCAACGAGGCUACCAGUACCAAAUAUGUUCCACGUGCUGUCCUCGUCGAUCUCGAACCUGGUACGAUGGAUGCUGUUCGUGCUGGUCCGUUUGGUCAACUCUUCCGACCCGAUAACUUUGUCUUUGGACAGUCAGGUGCUGGAAACAAUUGGGCCAAAGGUCACUACACUGAAGGCGCUGAGCUUGUUGAUCAGGUUCUGGACGUGGUUCGGCGUGAGGCUGAGGGCUGUGACUGCCUCCAGGGCUUCCAAAUUACACACUCUCUUGGCGGUGGUACGGGUGCUGGUAUGGGCACUCUAUUGAUCUCCAAAAUCCGCGAGGAGUUCCCAGACCGCAUGAUGGCUACUUUCUCCGUUGUUCCGUCGCCAAAGGUAUCUGACACCGUUGUCGAACCUUACAAUGCUACUCUCUCCAUUCAUCAGCUUGUUGAGAACUCUGACGAGACGUUCUGUAUCGACAAUGAGGCGCUGUACGAUAUCUGCAUGCGUACCCUCAAGCUCCAAGAGCCAUCCUAUGGUGAUCUCAACUAUCUCGUCUCGGCUGUCAUGUCUGGCGUCACUACCUGCCUCCGCUUCCCUGGCCAGCUGAACUCUGAUCUGCGCAAGCUCGCAGUCAACAUGGUGCCGUUCCCGCGUCUCCAUUUCUUCAUGGUUGGCUUCGCUCCUCUCACCAGCCGUGGCUCCCACAACUUCCGUCCCGUCUCCGUUCCGGAGCUCACCCAGCAAAUGUUCGACCCGAAGAAUAUGAUGGCUGCAUCGGACUUCCGAAAUGGUCGCUACUUGACCUGCUUGGCUAUCUUCCGUGGCAAAGUCAGCAUGAAAGAGGUUGAGGACCAGAUGCGCAAUGUUCAGAACAAGAACACAAGCUACUUCGUCGAAUGGAUUCCCAACAAUGUCCAGACUGCUCUCUGUUCGAUUCCCCCUCGUGGUCUCAAGAUGUCUUCGACCUUCGUUGGAAAUUCGACUGCCAUCCAAGAGCUAUUCAAGCGCGUUGGUGAUCAGUUCACGGCCAUGUUUAGGCGCAAGGCUUUCUUGCAUUGGUAUACUGGCGAGGGAAUGGACGAGAUGGAAUUCACUGAAGCCGAGAGCAACAUGAACGACCUCGUCUCUGAGUACCAGCAAUACCAGGACGCUAGCAUCUCCGAGGGUGAGGAGGAGUAUCCCGAGGAGGAGCCGGCUGAUGCCGAUGAAUAG